AUGGACACUGCCGACAUUCAGGGAAAGCUGCUGGCCUACUUCAACCAGCUCAGCCCCGAAGCCCGCGACCGCCUCCUAGCCAGUGCCCCUGCCCAGGAGACACAGCCUCAACCCGCCUCGGGUUCAGGCAAUGCCCAGCCGGGACAGACACUGCCCACCAAGGCCCCGCCACCGGUGGUCACUGGCCAAGCCCAAGCCCAAUCGCCUGAAUCGGGCUCGACGCCCAAUCCAGCCCCGGAUGCCUCAGCCUCGUCCUUGCUCGCAGACGAGCUAGCCGAUAUGAAGAAGUCAGCCUCCACCCGCCGCGGGCAAAAGGCGAAAGCCCUCACACGCAAAGAUUGGGACUUCAUCGACCCAGCCCAAGGCCUAUCCUGGUCGCCCGACCAGAUCCGCCGAGCCCAUGGGGAUGGCCGCGUCAUUCCCAGCCUAGUUUUCAAAAAGGAUGGAGUCAAAGUGCCUGAGGCGCUUGUGAAGCACAUCGCCUCGACAGAGGCCGAGACAAGCCCAUCUGCCCAGCCCGGCCCACUGCCCUCGGUCUCCGAGACCCGCCCAGCCUGGGCCGAUAUCCAAGAGGAGGAGGCCCUCAACACGCCCUUGCCCACGAGCACCAGCGACGAGGACAGCCCUGUGAUCGAGGAGGUCAUAGGUUUCGGGGGCGUGCCUAUUGCCAUGCCCAAGAUUGUCAGCCCAUGGCCACCCAAGCAGCCCAAAGCACCUGCACCCGCAGAAUCACAGGUGCCGCCAGCCCCUCCUGCCAAGAGUACCCCGCCCAGCCCGGGGCAGAGCUUGCCCUCCGAGCCCACCAGCAAGGCUCCGCCUGAGCCAGAAGCCCGCCCAUCGGCCUCGCCAACCAAGCCCAACCCUCGCAUGACCAUGGUCUACGAGGGCAGGACCUGGCACAACUUUUGGGGGCAGGACCCGCCAGCCAAUGCCAUCUCGGUGGACUGGGACUCCUUCUGGUUCACUCUCGAGGAAGAGCCCAUGGCAGCCCAGCCCAAAGGUCCUCCCUCCUGCCCACCGCCCGCACAACCGCCUCAGCAGGCCCAAGAAUCCCAUCAGCCGCCGGGAACCAAGGCCCCGCCGCCGCCUAUGCCGCAGGAGCCAGAACCGGCCCACAAAAAGAUCAAAUGCUCCAUCUUCGGAGCGGAUGGCUGGAUCCUCAGGAAGGACCAGAGGGGUCGGGUGCACAUCACAGAAGCCGACUACGCCAGCCUAGAAGUGCGCUCCUUGGGGUUCAACAUUUGGGCCCCGCAAUUUGUCGCGGGCCCAGUGGUGCCUUUCUCCAUUAUCAGCCCACCGCCUACACAGCCGCAGUCGGCCCCAGCCCAGAAAGCCAACACCUCGCCUCCCACUGCCCAAGAGCAGACGGACUCGCAGAACGCCCAGACCCAGGAUGACUUCACGGACCUACUCGGCCUAGGGCAAGACUCCUCGGAUCGAGGCCUCCGCAACCCCUUCCCGAACCCACUGCGCACAGGAGGGGACUUCCGGCCCAAGGCAACCAGUGCCAGGUCCAUGCCCUGCCCACACUUGCUGAUUACGCCCAACGCCGAUAGACGCUACCGAGGCACCAGUGUGUGCCUACCAGAUACUUUCAAUCUGGCGCCCCACCUUCUCAAGGUCUUCUACGUGGACCAUCGAGAACGCCUACGAUGCAUGCGCCCAUGCUCAACACGCCCACACUGCCCCUUCGGCCUCGUGUGUGCACAGAUUAUGUCGGACACCGACAGUGAGCAUUUGGAUCACCUGUGCAGCCGCUGCGUGGAGUUUCGCAGAGCCCACGAAGACCCAUGGGGCUGGUUCCAUGCCUACGCGCCUUAA